AUGACGGAUGCGAACGAUCUGUUGGCGCUGCUGCAGCGGCCUCUCGAGCCUACCUUCCUCCCGAAGGACGAUGGCAAGACGGUGAUCGAUCUGCCGGAGGACUUCCUGACCGAUCGCUACAGACCGAUCGGGGCAGAACUGCAGUCGCGCUUCUCGAACGACGCCGAGCAGCGCAUUCCGGUGAAGAAGGUGACGCUGCCGGAUUUGACGUUUGCGGCCGGAAUCGAUAAGCGUGGCGCUUUCUCGCUGUUCGUGCCGAAGCACCGGGAUGCGGCCGCCGCCCUGAUUAACCUCUUCAUCCAGCAACCGGACGUUCCGUCGCUGAUGAGCGUGGCCACGUACUGUCGCGAUCGGCUGAACGCUGUACUGUUCCAGUAUUCGCUCGCCGUGGCCGUGCAGCACCGUGAGGAUACGAAGAACGUCAACAUUCCGUCGAUCGUGUCGCUGUUUCCGGACCAGUUCGUCGAUCCGGCUGUGUUUCCCAAGCUGCGUGAGGAGGGAGCUGCGGUUCAGCAGGAAAAUCGGAUGGUGAUUGAUAUUCCACCAGCAUACACCGCGUCCGAUCGCGAGGAGGAGCAACGGAUGGCGUACUUCCGUGAGGACAUCGGCGUUAACAUGCACCACUGGCAUUGGCAUCUGGUGUACCCGGGAGACGGUCCGGACGCGGUCGUGCGCAAGGACCGUCGUGGUGAGCUGUUCUUCUACAUGCACAGUCAGCUGAUCGCCCGCUACAACCUCGAUCGGUUCUGCAACAAGCUGAAGAAGGUGCGCCACCUGACCAACUUCCGCGAGCAGAUCCCGGAGGCGUACUUCCCGAAGAUGAUUCGCAGCUCGAACAACCGCUCGUACCCGGCCCGUGGUGCCAACGUGACCCUGCAGGAUGUGGACCGCAUCGACAACGGUACGAUCGUGUCAGUGAGCGACCUGGAGCGUUGGCGUGACCGUAUCCACGAGGCCAUCGACCAGGGAUUCCUGCUCGACAAGGCCGGUAAUCGGAUUCCACUGGACGAAGAGCGUGGUAUCGAUCUGCUCGGUGACGUGCUGGAAGCCUCCAGCCUUACGCCCAAUCGCCAGCUGUACGGCAGCCUGCACAACAUGGGCCACAACGUGAUCGCGUACAUCCACGAUCCGGACUACCGCUACCUGGAGGACUACGGUGUGAUGGGUGACGUGACGACGGCGAUGCGCGAUCCCAUCUUCUACCGCUGGCACGGCAUGAUCGACGGUAUCUUCCGCCGGCACAAGGAGCUCCUGACGCCAUACACGGCGGCGCAGCUCGGCAACCCGGGCGUCUCGGUGACUUCCGUCGGUGUCCAGCUGACGCGUGCGAACACUCCGGCCAACGUGCUGCUCACCUACUGGCAGCGCUCGCAGGUCGAUCUGGCGGCCGGGCUUGACUUCGGACCGCAGGGCAAUGUGUACGCGUCCUUCACCCAUCUCCAGCACGCACCGUUCUCGUUCCGCGUCGAGGUCAACAACGAGUCCGGAGCGGUUAAGAAGGGCACGCUGCGUAUCUGGAUCGCACCGAAGGUGGACGAACGUGGCACGGCACUCAAGUUCCGCGAGCAGCGUCUCUUCUUCGUCGAGAUGGACUCCUCCACCGUUACGCUCAAUCCGGGCAUGAACACGAUCGUCCGUCGUUCGGACCAAUCCAGUGUGACCAUUCCGUACGAGCGCACCUUCCGAGCAAUCGGCACCAAGUCCGUACCGACCGAUGCAGCCGGUUUGUCUCAGUUCCGCUUCUGCGGUUGCGGUUGGCCACAGCACAUGCUUAUCCCGAAGGGUGCCCCCGAGGGCGUCCAGUUCGAUAUAUUCGCGAUGGUUACGGACUAUGCCGAUGACGCUGUCGAGCAGGAGCUCGAUCCUAACGCACCAUGCGACGAUGCACACUCGUUCUGCGGUCUGCGCGAUAAGAAGUUCCCGGAUCGUCGCCCGAUGGGCUAUCCGUUCGAUCGGCGCACGGAGGAUUCGGUUAACACCCUGGAUGACUUUGUCGCACCGAACAGCAACAUGAAGACAGGCACCAUUACGGUCACGUUCAAGAACACCGUCAUCGCACGGUCCUAA